CUCAAGUUCUUGACCGUGUGGAAGAGACGGAGGUUGUGGUCUAUGGGUGCCAUUGCAGCCGUUAGAUCCCGAUCCAACGUCUUUAAAUAAACGCUCGUGCAAUAAACCAGACUAGUUAGAUUAAUUCAGAAAGGGGGAGCACCAAAACCUCCGGCGACAGGGGCGCGGCGGCGGCGGCGGCGAUGGAGAGCAUCCCGGCGGCCUCCGCCAUGGACUGGAGCAUCGACCUCGACAAGGGCCUCCGCUCCCGCCACCUCGGCACGCGCCUCAAGGCCCUCGAGGCCGCCGCCCCGCGCAUCCGCGACCUCGCCGCGAGCCCCGCCGUCCCCGCGGCGGUGGCCUCCGCGUUCGCCGUCCUGCCCGCGGAGCCGCGCGUCUUCGCUGAGACCAUGCUCCUCCGCCUCGCCACCGAGUUCAGGGCCGCCGCCGACGACACCGUCCGGGCCCGCAUCGUCCGCGCCCUCCUCCCGUCCCAGGGCGCCGCGUGGGACUGCGCGGAGCCCGACCAGAUACUCCGGAAGGUCGCGGCGGCGCACGGCGCGGCGGGGACCCCGCGGGCCAGGGAGCUCGCGCUGAGGAUGUUCGGCUGCCUCGCCGACCUCGCCAAGGACAGCGUGCACGUCCGCUCCCUCGUCCUCUCCGGCCUCCGCUCCUCCAAUGCUGCCGAGGUGAAAGCGGCAUUGUUUGCGGCCAGUUGCUUUUGUAAGCUUUCAGAGGAUUUCUCAUACAUCACCCUUCAAGUGCUGGCUGGAUUAGUUAUCUCACCAAAAUCAGAAGCUCAAGUUAUUAUGGCAGCAAUUAGGACUUUCUCGAAGCUUGGUUGUUCGUUGGCUGUUAUCCGUAGAGUUCAUGAGGUUGGAAAACAGAUGGUUCUAGGCAACCUGGAAGAUGUAUUCAAAGCUGAAAUUCUAUUCGCACUCUCCAGACUGGCGUCCAAGUCAAUUGUUUUGUUUGGUGAUCAGGUGGCACUUCUGUUAUCAUUUCUGGGACAUGAAUCUUCUCUUCCUAUGAGGACUACGGUUUUGAAAAGUUUAUGUUUUAUGUUUCGCAGAAAUACUUUCUAUCUUCCUGGUGCCAGUACUAUUUUUGGCACAUUAUUACAACUAAUUGAUGAUGAGGAUUUCCCACUUGAUUGUAAGAGCUAUGCAUUCAGAAUUCUGCAAAAGAUUCUCUGUGUUAAAGAUCCAAGCAUCCGUCAUAUCAAUGCUUCUGAGUUAUCUAAGCUUGCUCUGGCUGCUAAAAGAUUUUUGCAUUGUUCUUCCUGGGAGAUGCAAUAUAAUGCUCUUGAAAUUCUUUUGGAUAUCUUCUUUUGCUUUCUCAAGCAAACAAAGCUACAUCAGACUAUAGGUACUCUGGAGAGUUCAUCAUUCUCAUACACUGGAUACCCAGGAAUUUCGAACAACAUGCUGUCAACUCAUGAAGAAACUAGUGAGGAUGAAAGAUCUCUGAAUAAGAUUUUAACAGCAAUAGUGGAUAAUAUAAUAUCUAUGGCCAAUCAACUAACGAACUGCAGAAGCAAGGAAGUAGCAACUGGACAUAUAUACGUGUCCUCCUGCGAAUUAGAGAAAUACAGGGCACUGUUUAGCCUUCUGCUAAAGCUUGUUUCAGGCUACCCUUCUUCUGCUUCUGCUGCUCUUGAUAAAGUAAGAUGCCUGAUGAAAGAACUUGCUCAAAUAAAUGCCAGUCAUCACUCCGGAGUAGCAGCUAGUUGUGUUGAAUCAUCUGUUGAACCAGCGGCUGGAAGUAUCAAAGCUUCUUGCAUGGAAACUGACACUGAUAUGGCAAAGUUAGCUUCCACUGAAUUUUGUAGCAAGAAGAAAUCAUCUUUAGUGCAUGUUCUAAUUCUGUGCACGCUCAAAUUUGCAAAUGCUUGCCAUGAUAUGUGUCAUAAAACAUCUGCCUCUUCCUGCGAUCUUCACCAUAGUGUCAAGGGUCUAACUGAAUGCGUGCAGCAGAACGCCUCUCAGUAUUGCAGCACAUAUGAAUUCUUCCGUCUUAUAAUGUGUGCACGCAUCUCAUGGAGUACUCGUAAAAUCAGAGAUGGUGAUAAAGGAUCAGGUGAUUCAAAUGAUCACCCUAGAAUAUUCUUUGCUCCUGCUUGGAUAGCACAUGAAUCGUGUGCCCUCCGGAUGACCAAAAUGCUUACCAGAAAACAGAGCUACUGGGAAGCCUAUAGGUCUGCUAUGUACUGCUGCCACGAAGGUCUCUGGUUCACAGCGUCAUUUGUCUUUAGAAAAGUUUCAGCUGCUUUUGAGUCAGGUGCCUUUGGUUUUUGGUUCAAAUCAUUGCUUCUUUUUGGUGCCGGAGAACUUGAGAUGAAGCUAUUGCUUUUUCCUUCAGCAAUCAAUAAGUUGGUUGGUGAGCUAAAUACAGAGGCAGAUCUUCAUGAGGACCUCUACUGUGUCGAAACAGAUGUUGACAGUACUCUUACUGGAUCUCUAGUGUUGCAUGGCUACCAAGAAAAAGUUAGUGGUAUUUGUGAGAGAACAUGCUUAGCAAAUGAUGUCCUGACAUCUAAUGCCUCCUCAGACCGCGAAUUCUUCUUCCAGAGGUGGUUCAUUAGUCUGAGAGCGUCUUUUCUUAAGAUCUUAAUUGAUGUUCUUGGCAUCCUUAAUGCACAUUCUUCUGCUCCCAAAGACAUAGCGCAUCAUGAAUCUUCAAGUGUAGCCAUAGAGAGCAACCAAGUCCUCCUAGCUUUGACUAAUUGUUCUUUAAGACUGAGUGACCUAGCAAAGAGUUAUGAUCUACUAGCUGCAUCCCAUGGGGACAUGGAUCACCAAAGCUUUACUACUAUAGCUAGGCUUGCUUUCAUGUGCUCACUCUUGUCAUUUUGUACUGCGUUUUCUGUAGAUUUCUCAAAUGUACCUGGCAGUUCAGAGCCUUGCAGGCUUCCAGAGAGAUUUUCUUAUGCUUCAGUCCUACAAGAUUUACAUCAAAGAGUGGAUAGGAAUGAUAGCCAAGUUUUGUCGCAACUGCGGCAAUUCAUUUCUGUUUCUUCUUAUGAGCUGGACUCUGUACAGUUCAGCACAAGAAUGAAUUUGUCUGGUAAUCUGGAAAAGGAUUCCUAUUCAAGCUUCAAGUUUGCUGUGGUAUCAUUGCUCCGUGCACGCGCGGAUGCCAAAGGAGUGACAACUGGAGAGGACGCUCUGCAUCAUUUGCACAGAGGGAUGCAACUUCUGUCUAGCAUUUUGUGGAGGUUCAUGGAACUGCCUUUUGUGCUUCCCAGACACUUCUUCAGCGUAAGGCCUUGUCUUGGCGCCGAGCUCUUCGUGUUCGAUUCCAACCCUGCAAACAAGAACAGGAUAUCAGCACCGCACGGUUUCCAGCUCUCCCUGACUCUCUGCUUGCAGUGGAAGCGCGUGCUGGAGCGAGCCCCCAUCCGCAUCGCGAAACUGUACUGCGUUCUCGCCACAAGCCCAUCGUCACCCCUACACAUCGCGGGAACGAGGAGCAAGCAGUUCGAGAUGCGCAGGACCACCUCCGAGAUGGUUGUGCUGCACUCCGAGCUGCUGCAGCACAUAAAGAGCGGCGGCCUGAGGAAGACGAGCCACAAGAAGAACUCCCACGCCGAGCUGGUGACAGCGUUCGCGUGUUUCAAACCAGCUGACUCUGGCCAGGGGUUCUCAGACUGCCUGCUGGACGUCUCCUCGUUUCCUCGCGGCGAUUACCAGAUAGCGUGGCAGGCGUGCUGCGUGGACGAGAACGGCCGCUGCUUCAGCUUGCUGCCGUUGAAUGACGGCGCCGUCUUCUCCGUCCAGUAGCCCUGAUUGGGCUCGGCUGAAGCUCGGCGUGUUGGUUGUAGAAGCUAUGUGUGUGUGUGUGUAGUCUGUGAUGUAGAGCAUGCCAAUUGUUGCUGGGUGGGUAGUCACUUAACAUGAGGCCAUGUGCAAGCUGGAUGUGAUGAAUUCAGGCUUAUAGUUUAGUUUGGGGCAGCCAUGUGAUUGAUGUACAGAAGAUACUAGCAUAGAUGAUUGCUUACUGCUUUAACUGAGAUCUACAUAUGUGACCUUGGUUGCUGCUUGCCAUAUAUGAAUCCAUACAACUUGGAUAUGAAUAUGAUGAAUUCCGGCUUUA